UUCCAUCAUUUUCAUAAUGGUUGAACGGUCGCAGCGCCAGAUUUCCCUCUAGUUAUACUAAUACAAAACUCUAUGGUCUGUACUCGUCUGGACAUAACCUCCUAAUAAGGAGGUUGUGGUUGGAGAGUAUUUUGAGUGUUUUCCUUGUGUUUUUCUUUUUAGUGAGCGCCAUUUUUCUCCUUAGCUUGGCUAGGUCGGCGUUGUGGACGCUGUGGCUGUGGUUCCUGCACUGUGUGCUAUCGCUAUGCCGUGCUGUUGCGCAUAUAACUGCAGCAACAAGCCUGAAGAUGGUUGUGCAGUUUUUAUGAUACCCACAGGAAAGCGUGAUGGUUUGCGCAGGAAGCAGUGGCUGCUCAACAUUGGCCGAAAGGACUUUGUUCCGACAAGGAACAGUGUUCUUUGCGAGAUACAUUUCACUGAAGACCAAUUUGAGCCACUCAUAUUGCGAGAACUUGGCAAGAAAAAGCUGAAGCCCAACGCAGUUCCAACAAUUUUCUGCCGCCAACCUGUCGUGAAGCACAGGAAGCCCCCUCGACAGAGACAUAAACCUCGAACUGACAGUGACCCUGUCACCGUGACGUGUUUGCCUGCAAACUGUGAUACGUCUGCAAUAAUGCCUGCCACUUCUCCAAGUGAACCCUGCUCACCAUCUCAGGACUGCUGUGACUUACCUGCACCUGCGGCCACUGCAUGGUUUCCCGAAAGCAGCAAUGCGUCAGCAAUAGGGCCCGUCGCUUCUCCAAGUGAAACUUGCUCACCAUCUCAAGACUGCGAUGACCUACAUGUUGCUUCCCAUGAGCCGGUUUUGAGCAAUGCAUGCCGAAUGGCCGAUCCGUGCGAUGACAGCGGCGUGUCAAUCCAUGUGAUGACAAAGGGUGAAAAGAAUAAAAAAUGAAACAGAAUGUUUGAAAACACA